CUUUUGAAAACUCCACCUCAGACUCUCCAGCCACAAGCACAUCUUUUAGAAGGGAAUACUACCCCGCAAUGUACUGACCUCAAAGGGCUUGAGCGAGAAGGAAGAAGCACUCAAACCUCAGCUGCACUGCAGAAAAACUAAAACCUGAGAGGAAUUUGGAGAAACAUUCUGUUUUACUCAUAGGCAGUCAUUGUUUAAUAAACCACCACAGGGAAUGAUGUUACAGUGGAGUUUGAAAGCAAGGAAAAGGAGGGAAAUUUUCUGGACAGCGUUCUGUGUUUUGAGCCUGUUGGAAGAUCAAGUUUCAGGUGAUGGUACAACGUCCACUCAUACUACAUCACCUUCAAGAAUUUCUUCUUCAAAAGUUUCCAUCACCGAAAGGGCAAUAACAACAACAGUAUCCAUCUCUAACUCAACAGGGGCUUCCACUGCCACUACAAAUAGUAGUCAAACGCCAAGAGACAUUUCAAAUGUCACCACCAGCCCUUCAGAUCCCACUUCAGCAGCGAAUGGAACACUUGUUAUAAAGCCCACAGCAGCAGGCAAUACAACAUCUGCUUUCUGCAAUGAGACAACCACCUCAGCCUUUACUCCACCUACAGUUCUGCAAAAUGCUUCUUCAACUGAUCGACCAAAUAACUUCUCUGACUCACCUACCACAGCCCAAGCUGAUAACAUGAUGGGCAACAUCACAUGCUUGAAUAUCAAACAAGUGACGGCUCCUCAUGUGAUAUGCUUGAAGCUCAAUGAGACCUACUCAUGUCAAGAGUUUAGAGAGAAGAAAGGAGAACACUUUAAAAAUGUGAUUUGCGAAAAGAAGUCAAAUCAAUGUGACAUCAAACUAGCAGAUUCGGAGUUGAACAAGAAAUGCAUACUGCUGGUUGAAGUUAACAAGAAAGGUGCAGACGUAUUAGAUGGUCUUCUACAGAAACUAGCUGCUUCGACAGAGCUCGGGAUACAAUAUGAAAAACAUGGCAUUGAAAAUCACAAGAGCUAUACCCGGAAGACACUUAUUGCCUUGGUCACCGCUGGUCUGCUGCUAGCAUUUCUGGGAUUGGCUGGAUACUGCCUUAUGAAACGACGGAACUGGAGCCCCAUGGGAGAGAGGCUGGGUGAAGAUCCAUAUUACACAGAAAAUGGUAGUCAUGGCAACACUGUGAUCUCUGUGGCUUCUCAUGAACGGUCUGAUCUGCAGGAUAAACCAAACCUCAAUGGAGGGGCUCGAGAAAAUGGGACUGGCCAGCCAGCCUCGAAAAAUGGACAGUCAUGCAAACCCCAAGUUGUCGCUGACACUGAACUGUGAAACAUGCCAAGGUCAAAAGUCUCAUUAAAGGGGCUUGAAAAAGCAGAGUAGAAGGAUAGAGAAGCUAGGAAGCAAAGAGUAUUAUAAAUGGCAUCGUAAUCCUUUUUU